AUGCCACAGCCAGCGCGUGGUUGUCACAGCACUCCUCUUCGCCUUGGUAACUGGGAUGCUGGGGAGGCGUGUGUCGCUCUAAAAGCAGCGCUAUCAGGAUCUGCGGGCUCGUGUGCACGGUGGAGGCAUCCUCGGAGAGCAAUGAAUGACAUCGGGGACUACGUGGGCUCCAACCUGGAGAUAUCCUGGCUCCCCAACCUGGACGGUUUGAUGGAGGGCUACGCCCGCAACUUCCGACCUGGCAUUGGAGGUGCCCCCGUGAAUGUGGCACUCGCCAUCGAGGUGGCCAGCAUCGACCACAUCUCGGAGGUGAACAUGGAGUACACCAUGACCGUGUUUCUGCACCAGAGCUGGAGGGACAGCAGGCUCUCCUACAACCACACCAAUGAGACCCUGGGUCUGGACAGCCGCUUCGUGGACAAGCUUUGGCUCCCCGACACCUUCAUCGUGAACGCCAAGUCGGCCUGGUUCCAUGAUGUGACUGUGGACAACAAGCUCAUCCGGCUGCAGCCCGAUGGCGUGAUCCUGUACAGCAUCCGAAUCACCUCCACGGUGGCCUGUGACAUGGACCUGGCCAAGUACCCCAUGGACGAGCAGGAGUGCAUGCUGGACCUGGAGAGUUACGGCUACUCUUCCGAGGACAUUGUCUACUAUUGGUCGGAAAACCAGGAGCAGAUCCAUGGGCUAGACAGGCUACAGCUGGCACAGUUCACAAUCACCAGCUACCGCUUCACCACGGAGCUAACUAACCUCAAAUCGGCUGGCCCGUGCCCGCGGCUCAGCCUGCACUUCCACCUUCGGAGGAACCGGGGGGUCCACAUCAUCCAGUCAUACAUGCCAUCCGUCCUCCUGGUCGCCAUGUCCUGGGUCUCCUUCUGGAUCAGUCAGGCCGCGGUUCCUGCCAGGGUGUCUCUAGGCAUCACCACAGUGCUGACAAUGACCACGCUCAUGGUCAGCGCCCGCUCCUCCCUGCCACGGGCGUCGGCCAUCAAGGCACUGGACGUGUACUUCUGGAUCUGCUAUGUCUUCGUGUUCGCGGCCCUGGUGGAAUAUGCCUUCGCCCACUUCAACGCGGAUUACAGGAGGAAGCAGAAGGCCAAGGUCAAGGUUGCGAAGCCAAGGGCAGAGAUGGACGUGAGGAACGCUAUCGUCCUCUUCUCCCUCUCGGCCGCCGGCGUCACCCAGGAGCUGGCUGUCUCCCGCCGGCAGUGCCGUGUUUCCGGGAACCUCAUGGGCUCCUACAGGUCGGUGGAGGUGGAGACCGGGGAGACGAAGGAGCGGGGGCCCCACUCGGGGGGCCAGGGGGGCAUCCGCGCUCGGUUCAAGCCCAUCGAUGCGGACACCAUCGACAUCUACGCCCGCGCCGUGUUCCCUGCGGCGUUCGCGGCCGUCAAUGUCAUCUACUGGGCAGCGUACACCAUGUGAGCGCCGGACGCGGGGCCCUGGGAACUCCUGGGAGAAAGAGCCUCGGGGUGGUCUGUCCACAGCGAGAGGAAGCCUCGCCUCCCUGAGCCUUGACCCCAGCCUCGCACCCUAGACCAAGCAGACCAGGGAGCGCACGGGCUGCCCACAGAGCCACCUGAGCCCAAGGCCGAGCCAGGCUGGCACCAGGCUUGGGGGCUGUGAAAUCUUGGGCUUAGAGAGUGAUCCUGGUUUCUGGGCCUUUGCUCUGUGGGGUUGGGAUGGGAGAGUGGGAGGAGGUGGGAGCUCGCAGAGGCCGUCUGUCCUGGUGAAAUGGUGGAGGAGGGCAUCCGUGAGGCCUCUUUGGCCCCAGCAUGAAAUAAAGCCUUGGCCUCGGUGGCCGGUUACAC